AUGACCUCUGGAGAUCAUGCUGCCGCCGUCGAGCCCCGAGAGGACCAGCCUCUUCUGGGACAGCCUGGAGAGGUCGUCCAGAACAUCUAUCGUAACUUCUUGAGCGGAACGGCUUUGGUCGCUCAGGUGGGGGUCUGGGUGCUCACUGCUGUCGUCUGGACGGCCAUCUUCUCUCAUGACCUGAUCUUCCCCUUCUCGCCCCAUCCGGCAAUUCUGGUUCUGCAGCCCACGGCAACACCGCAACAGAAAACCUUGGGAACCCGCGUACACUUCGCUUUGCUGACUGUGAGCACGCUCGCCUUUAUCGCAGCCUUUGUCUUCAUCGAGGUCAACAAGGGCGAUCACCCGCGAUUGACCUCCCCUCACGGUAUCCUGGGCUUGAUCACCUAUAUCAUCAUCGUUCUGCAGGCGCUGGUUGGGAUUGCCCAGUACUUCCUGCCCGUGGCGAUCUUUGGCAGCGUGGAGAACGGCAAGAAGGUGUACAAGUACCACCGGAUCAGCGGCUAUGUCCUGCUCGUGCUGGAGCUGGCGACCAUCUCUGCUGCCACGCAGACGACCUACAACAAGAACACACUCGGCAUCAAGCUGUGGGUGGUGCUUGUGACCGCUGUCUUGGUGAUCCUGGGAGUGGGGGCACGCAUUAGGAAGCACAAGCUGGGUUUCUAA